AUGAGUCAAACGAAUUCCUUGGAUCAUAAAGAUCGUCUACUUUUGGUCUUUAUUCACGGUUACCGAGGCUCAGAUACCAGUUUUCAUGAUUUUCCUAAUCGAUUAAGAACCAUUUUGAGCAAUUCGUCGGAUGUCGAUGUGGAUAGUAUUGUUUAUCCGAGUUAUAAGACAGCAGGUGAUCUCACUUUAGCAGUGCGAAAUCUGAGCGCAUGGUUAUGCGAUCUUGUUCAGAGUCAGCACAAGGAUAUGAAGCGCCUGCAGAGUAAAGGACAUGUCAUGGUGGUGCUGAUUGGUCACUCCAUGGGUGGCAUUGUCGCGGCCGAGACGAUUCUUCAACUUCAUUCAAGGCUGGAUACACCUUUGGGAUCGGCCAAAAUCAUUGGCUUGCUUGCAUUUGAUACCCCUUUCUAUUCGGUGAAUCACGAUUUUGUGUCUACGACAGCCAUGUCUAGUGUGGAACAAGUGGGUCGAUUUUUGCAGAAUUCAUCGACACAAGUUUCCAGCAGCAGCAGUCGUACCGUGACGCAGGUCAGCACCACAACGAAAAAAAAGUCGAUGGGAGGUUGGGGGCUCCUGGCAGGUGUUGUUGGUGUAGCAGCUGUAGGCGCUGCGGCUUAUAUGACCAGAGACAAAAUUGCUGCGAGCGUCACAGACAUGUACAAUGAGCUUGAAUUUGUCAGUGCCUUGACAGAUAUGAACCGAUGCUCGCAAAGAGUGCGUGAAUUAAUGGAGCUUCCGGAUAUCCUUUUUCGAUGCUUUUAUGUCCAGCUACCCAAUCCGGACGGCGCCGUAACCUCACCGCGCACAUUUAUUGCUCUGCCUCCUUUUGACACCGCGCACUUAUUUAUCCCAUGUCCAUCCAAUGCAGCUUCCGAAGUGAAAGCUCAUACCAGCAUGUUUAACCCAGCCAAAAGCGCUCAUUAUUAUCAACUAGGCAACGACACAAUUGCUCUUAUAUCCGAAAUGAUCGCUCGUUAUCGGCGUCAUGUUCAUCCUCAUACCCUUACCUCCUCAGCUGCUCCUCAUCAUCAAACGCCUCAACUAUCGUUAGAUUAA